AUAAGUUGUAAAAAAUAUUAACACUGUAAAAUGAAAUCGACCUGAAUUUAUUUUAACCUUAUAAAGUAUACAACAUUGUAACAAUGUAUUUUUUGGUAUACUUUUUCAUUAGUUUAUUAACCAGUACAUCAUCGUUAGUCAAUGGGAGCGAACUGGAGUACGAUGGGUGGCUGCAUCUAAGAUUGUGGCACGCGUUUAACGACGAGCCAGACCCGAUUUACAUUGAAAGAGGAAACAUUACAGUGUCUAGUGUACGCAGCGGUGCUUCCGUUGUUGGACAAAAUGGGUUGUUACCGGCCCAUAUAAAUGAGCUAAUAAAUCUUGCCAAACACGAUGGCAAGUAUAGGCUUAAGGCUGUGGCCCGUACCGUUUCAGGAAAUGAAAUAACAUUCCUAACUUCUGUACCUGCGUGUUAUCUUCUUGGUUCAGACCUUGAAAAUAAUAUAAUAAUAUGGCUGGAUAGUAUAGGAGAACCAAUUGCUGUGAGUCACACAUCAUCUGGUCCCUGCAGUGUCCUAAGUCCAUUUACGAAUAUGUGGAUUACCAAUGUAGUUCUUAAAUAUCCUGAUGGUGGACCAGUUCCUGACACUGCCACAUAUAUUCAGAAACUUGAAAGAGAGAGAGAAGCAAGGGAAAGGGGGGAAGCCAAAGACAAUAGACCUUAUUUCUUAAAAUAUUGGAUGUACAUUGUUCUUGCAUUCAUUUUUGUUGUUAUAUCUUCUGCAAUCAAUCCAGAAGCUGCAGGAGCAUCAGGUGGUAGUGUCCAAAGACAGUGAUGGUGAAACUGUAAUGGUACCCACGUGUGCAUUGUGUCUUCAGGUGUGCUCGUAUGAAGCAAAAUUUAUGUAUAAAGUUUACAAUGUACUUUCCUAAUUGCAGUUUUAACAAUUGUAACUGUAUC